UGGCCUUGGGGAUUUUGCAGCCAUGUCUGGACGUGGUAAAGGUGGAAAGGGGCUUGGCAAAGGAGGUGCCAAACGCCAUCGCAAGGUUUUACGUGAUAACAUUCAGGGGAUCACCAAACCUGCUAUCCGGCGUCUGGCUCGGCGCGGUGGUGUCAAACGCAUCUCUGGUCUUAUUUACGAGGAGACUCGCGGGGUGCUGAAGGUUUUUCUGGAGAACGUGAUCCGCGAUGCUGUCACGUACACAGAACACGCCAAGCGGAAGACGGUAACUGCCAUGGAUGUGGUGUAUGCUCUCAAGCGACAGGGGCGCACUCUUUAUGGCUUUGGUGGCUGAAGGCUCCGCAUUUCACAACCGAAACUUAUUUCUGAACCAAAGGCCCUUUUCAGGGCCGCCCACAUC